GGAUCAACAGUGGUUGGCAGGAAGUUGGACACUGCUUCAAGAGCACAGUUCUCCAGCUGGAGGUCACACACCUUCCUACAAACCAUCUUCAUGUUUGAUAUGAAGAGGGUGAUGUCAGGAAGACCCAACGACCUGUCAGCCUGUUAUUCGGACAUGUUCAUGUUGGUCCGUACAUAACAGUCACCUUGUAGCAACACUCCCAUCAGCUGUUGAAUGACGACAUGUUGCACUUUGUCACCUGCGUAACGAUAUCAGUCAUGUUAUACAGCAGGUAGUCGACUUGGCUCUUUUCGACUGGGAGGUGGAUGAACUCAAGCAGUUGCUUUGAGUAAAAGUUUGAAGCUUCUGGAAGGAGCUGGUGUCUUCAGUGGAAAAAUGGCUUGCCAUGAAGCUCUCCAAUGUCCUUCCUGUUUGGACGUCUUCAAAGACCCUGUCAUGCUGCCUUGCAACCACAGCUUCUGUCGCUCCUGUGUGGAGCGAUGGUGGGAGGGGAAAAGGGACCGUUCUUGUCCACUCUGUAGGACGCAGUGCAGAUCCAUGGAUUUACCUCCGAACUUGGCCUUGAGGGACGUGUGUGAAGCUUUUUCCGUGGACACUGGCGAAGAGUGCAAGUUGCACAAGGAGGAACUGAAACUGUUCUGUUUGAACCAUCAGCAGCCUGUGUGCAUCGUUUGCAGACAUGCAAAUAUCCACAAAAAUCACAGAUUCUCUCCUAUCGAGGAAGCUGCAAAGGAACACAGAGAAGAUCUACAGAAAGUCCUACAAGUCAUGACAAAAAGACUGAAAAUGUUUACCAAAGCUAAAGAAGACAUCAGUCAACAAGCAGAACACAUCCAGGUCCAGAAGCAGCAGGCUGAAAGCAAGAUUAAGGAGACUUUUAAGGAGCUUCACAACUUUCUGGAGGAGGAGGAAGAGGCUAGAUUGUCUCUUGUGAGAGAAGAAGAGCAAAGCAAGAGUCAGACAAUGAAAGAGAAGAUUGAGGGUCUCAGCAGCGACAUGAAAGCUCUCCAAGGUGUGAUUAUCAGCACAGAGAAGCUGCUAACAGCUGGCAAUGUUUCCUUCUUGAAGAACUACAAGGAAAUGAGGGCCAGAGCCCAGAAGAUGCCCGAAGAGCCCAAGCUGGUCCCAGGACCUGUGCUGGACAUGAACAAACAUCUGGACAACCUCCCACUCACCAUGUGGGAAAAAAUUAAGACGUUAGUGUCCCAAAGUGCUGUGAUUCCAAACCCAAACACCAGCAAUCCAGAACUCAGACAGAAGCUAAGCAGAGAAGAGCAGCAUCCGAAGAAUCCAGUGAGUGUUCAAGACUUGCAUGUGUUAAAUGUAACUGCUGUGCACUCAGAAGCACACAGCUGGAAUGUUGAUGUGGGCGACAACAACAACUGGGAACUGGGGUUAAUGUUUGAGUCUUUUAGAGCUGGCAUUCGAUUUCAAGACGGGAAAUACAAAAGGAUUUACCCGGGUCGUGUACACUUGCCUUUGUCAAUCCAAGAGAAACAGCAGAGAUUCAGAGUUCGUCUCGACAUUAGCAAGAGAAAGGUUUCAUUUCAUGACUUUUGUACAGACACUAUUUUAGACACAUUUGAUGUACCCAUUUCUUUUAGUUUUUGGGAGUAUUUCUCCAGGACAAUGACAAUAACACUGUACUCUUGCAUUUCCAACGAUGUCAAUAUCUGCGACUGAAGAUUGUCCGUGAUGGAUUUGGUGACAUGUUGCUCUUACAGAAAUAUUUUACAUGGAGCUACACUAUGUUCAAAAUUCUUGUGUUCAGACAAAUCAUGUUGUGUAAGAAAGGUGUCUUGCCUGCUGAGUUUAGGCCGACACUUCAGCCUUCGUUAGACACGUCACACCCGGAAGCUACGACAGCUCUGACGGAGGCUGAAGUUAUAACAUAAAAUAAUUAGUCAAACACGUCACGUUAGACACGUCACACUUUUACAUUUUAACUGAAACCAUUCUUACUUACUAAACCAUCCCAUGUGUGAUGUCUGUAGGAGUGUUUUCAUCCAUAUUUUGUACGCGCUAUCUUAAAGUAACGAAGCUAGCGUCGUUAGCAUCAGCUUGUAUGCUAACACGUUUACGAGUGUAUGUGAAUUAUUGUGAAUUAUUUUUAUAUAGCGCUUUUUCAUAGUGAAACCCAAUAUCUAAGUUACAUUUAAACCAGUGUGGGUGGCACUGGGAGCAGGUGGGUAAAGUGUCUUGCCCAAGGACACUACGGCAGUGACUAGGAUGGCGGGAAUCGAACCUGGAACCCUCAAGUUGUUUAGUAAUUCAAAUAAAACCAGUAUUAUCAGACAGGUCUUUGAUUCCAGUGAUAUAGGUAUGAUUUUCCUGUGAUAAAUAUUGAGGAAGUUAUGAUUUUAUUUUUAGGGAUGUCCGAUAAUGACUUUUUUUCCCCGAUAUUUGAUAUUCCGAUAUUGUCCAACUCUUAAUUACCGAUACCGAUAUCAACCGAUACCGAUAUAUACAGUCGUGGAAUUAACACAUUAUUAUGCCUAAUUUGGAC